AUGGAUUCUGACUCCGACUCACCAUUCAACUACUCCUGGCCUUCCUUCCCCAAGAUGAAGAUUCGCCGCAGGGCAUCCAAGAAAGAUCACUCCUUUGAUGGUCUUAAAAAAUCCAAGCAUGCCCCAACGUCUCUCCCUGCCGGCCAGCUCUCAGACAUGCUGAAUGGGGGUGAUGAGGUCUAUGCUAACUGUAUGGUGAUUGAUCAGGUUGGUGAUUUGGACAUCAAUUAUAUAAACCUAGAGGGACUCUCUGCCCAUACCAGCCCCGAAUCCAUGAGGUCCACUCUGGGGCCUCAGGCUUGCAAACACAUCCUUCCUCCUGACACCAGUCCCUGUGGGCAUUCACUCAGUGAUGACAGUGAGGGGACAGCGAAUACUGCAGCCCUGCAGCCUUGCAUGUCACUGGCUGUUUCUCACACUGCUAAUUUGAACCUUCCUUUUGGUCUUCAUGAAUUUGAAAAGGAGCAGGGUCAUCUCAAGAAAAGAAGUUCUAGCCUGGAUGCCCUGGUUGCCGACAGUGAAGGGGAAGGGUGUUCUGAGCCCCCCAUCUGCUAUACUGUGAGCUCCCAGAGUUCCUUGAGAACUGGGCUUCCCAGUGGGGAUGAACUGGAUUCCUUUGAGACCAACACUGAAGCAGAUUGUAAUAUCUCCAGGACCGAAUCACUUUCCCUAUCAAGUGCUCUGCAUUCAAAGGAGUCCCUGCUUUCUGGGAUUCGCUCACGUUCGUAUUCCUGCUCGUCACCCAAAAUCUCUUCCGGAAAAUCCCGGCUAGUGCGUGACUUCACAGUGUGCAGUUCCAGUGAAGAACAGAGAUCAUAUAGUUUUCCGGAGCCACCAGGAGAAAAAAGAAUUCAAGAAGAAGAAUGGGACGAAUACAUCAUUCCUGCAAAAUCUGAGUCUGAAAAGUACAAAGUGAGCCGGACAUUCAGCUUCCUCAUGAACAGGAUGACCAGCCCUCGGAACAAAUCUAAGAUGAAAAACAAGGAUGCUAAAGACAAAGAAAAACUGAAUCGACACCAGUUUGUCCCAGGAACAUUUUCCGGGGUUCUGCAGUGUUCGGGUUGUGAUAAAACACUCCUGGGGAAAGAGUCACUCCAGUGUGCCAACUGUAAAGCAAACAUACACAAGGGCUGCAAAGAUGCUGUGCCUCCAUGUACCAAGAAAUUCCAAGAGAAAUACAACAAGAACAAGCCACAAACCAUCCUUGGAAGCUCCUCAGUUAGAGACAUCCCACAGCCAGGACUCUCCUUGCACCCUUCCUCCUCCAUGCCCAUCGGACUACCGGCUGGAAGGAAGGAAGCUACAGGGCUGGUGCAUCCGCUGUCCAGAAGCGUUCCAGGGACCACCUUGGAAAGCUUCAGGAGGUCAGUGGCAUCCUUGGAGUCAGAGGGUGACAGCAACAACUGGCGAAGCAGAUCUCAUUCCGAUGAGCUGUAUCAGUCCAUGGGCUCUUCUCCCUCCACGGAGUCAUUCAUGAUGGAAGAUGUUGUGGACUCUUCCCUGUGGAGCGACCUCAGUAGUGAUGCCCAGGAGUUUGAAGCAGAGUCUUGGAGUCUCGUGGUGGACCCUUCCUUUUGCAGUAGGCAGGAGAAGGAUGUCAUCAAAAGACAGGAUGUCAUUUUUGAACUGAUGCAGACGGAGGUGCACCACAUUCAGACACUGCUCAUCAUGUCUGAGGUCUUCAGGAAGGGCAUGAAGGAGGAGCUGCAGCUGGACCACAGCACAGUGGACAAGAUCUUCCCCUGCUUAGAUGAGUUGCUGGAAACUCAUAGGCAUUUCUUCUUCAGCAUGAAGGAACGAAGGCAGGAAUCAUGCACGGGUAACGACAGGAACUUUGUGAUCGACCGAAUUGGUGAUAUUCUGGUACAGCAGUUUUCAGAAGAAAAUGCAAGUAAAAUGAAGAAGAUCUAUGGAGAAUUCUGCAGCCAUCACAAAGAAGCCAUGAGCCUCUUUAAAGAGCUCCAGCAGAACAAAAAGUUUCAGAAUUUUAUUAAGAUCCGAAAUAGCAACCUUUUGGCUCGACGCAGAGGAAUUCCAGAGUGCAUCUUGCUUGUCACUCAACGCAUCACAAAAUACCCUGUCUUGGUGGAGAGAAUCCUGCAGUACACAAAGGAAAGGACUGAAGAACACAAAGACCUAUGCAAAGCUCUUGGCUUAAUUAAAGACAUGAUCGCAGCUGUGGAUCUAAAAGUCAAUGAAUAUGAGAAGAACCAAAAAUGGCUGGAGAUCCUAAAUAAAAUUGAAAACAAAACAUACACAAAGCUCAAAAAUGGCCAUGUGUUUAGAAAGCAGGCUCUGAUGAGUAAAGAAAGGGCUCUCUUGCAUGAUGGGCUUGUUUACUGGAAAACCGCUACAGGCCGUUUCAAAGAUAUCCUGGCUCUGCUUCUAACUGAUGUGCUGCUCUUCCUACAAGAAAAAGACCAGAAAUACAUCUUUGCAGCUGUUGACCAGAAGCCUUCAGUUAUUUCACUUCAGAAGCUUAUUGCUAGAGAAGUUGCUAACGAGGAGAGAGGCAUGUUUCUGAUCAGUGCAUCGUCUGCUGGCCCGGAGAUGUAUGAAAUCCACACCAAUUCCAAGGAGGAACGAAAUAACUGGAUGAGGCGGAUCCAGCAGGCAGUGGAAAGUUGUCCAGAAGAAGAAGGAGGAAGGACAAGUGAGUCUGAUGAAGAGAGGCGGAAAGCUGAAGCCAGAGUGGCCAAAAUCCAGCAGUGUCAAGAGAUACUCACUAACCAAGACCAACAAAUUUGCACAUAUUUGGAAGAAAAGCUGCAUAUCUACGCUGAACUUGGGGAACUGAGUGGCUUCGAGGAUGUCCACCUAGAACCCCACCUGCUCAUCAAGCCUGACCCGGGAGAGCCUCCCCAGGCAGCCUCCCUGCUGGCGGCAGCCCUGAAAGAAGCUGAAAGUCUGCAAGUGGCUGUGAAGGCUUCAAAGAUGGGUGAUGUAAGCCAGUCAUCUGAAGAAGGCUCUGGAGGGGCUGUUCUGACUGACAGGCUCAGUUCACAAGAUGCACCAGCAUCACCAACUGCUUCACUAGUCACAGAAGGGACAGAAGGAAGAGGCUGUUGGGAUGUGGAUCCCGGGCUCCAGGGUGUGGUAACGGACUUGGCGGUCUCUGAUGCAGGGGAGAAGGUGGAAUAUAGAAGUUUCCCAGGUUCUUCACAGUCAGAGAUUAUACAAGCAAUACAGAAUUUAACCCGUCUCCUGUAUAGCCUUCAGGCUGCCUUGACCAUCCAGGACAGCCACAUCGAGAUCCACAAGCUGGUUUUACAGCAGAGGGAGAGCUUGGCCCAUAGCCACUCCUUCCGAGGUGGCCCCUUGCAGGACCAGGAGAAAUCCCGAUACCUGGAGAAGCAGCGUGAGGAGUUGGCUAACAUCCACAAGCUUCAGCACCAGUUCCAGCAGGAGCAGCGGCGCUGGCACCGCACGUGCGACCAGCAGCAGCGCGAGCAGGAAGCCCAAGAGAGCUGGCUGCAAGCGCGGGAACGUGAGUGCCAAUCACAGGAAGAGCUGCUGAUGCGCCACCGUAGUGAACUGGACCACCAACUCCAGGAGUACCAGCAGAGCCUCGAGCGACUGCGGGAGGGCCAGCGGAUGGUGGAGAGGGAGAGACAGAGGAUGCGUGUCCAGCAGGGUCUGCUGGGCCACUGCAGACACAGUCGCCAGAGGAGCCUCCCUGCUGUCUUCUCUCCAGGGAGCAAGGAGGUAAUGGAACUAAAUCGAGCUGAGAGUUUGUGUCAUGAAAAUUCAUUUUACAUCAACGAAGCUUUAGUACAGAUGUCACUUAACACUUCCAAUAAACCAAAUCCAUCAGGUGUCCCAUGGGACACUUACCCCCCUGAUGUAUCUCAUUUUGAUUUGGUAAGGACUAGUGGCAAUCAAACAGAACUGAAGAUAGACGUUUCUCAGCCUCCAGAUGUCAGCCAUGAACUCUGGACAGCUACGGGGCCCAGCCAUCAGAUCCCUGCUCUCCAAGAAAACAACAAGGAUUCUUGUAAAAAUGAUUUGGACUCCUUCCAGAGUGAAUCCCCAGGUCCACAGGACACAAGUCAACAUGGCCCUCAGCCACAGAUACUCACAACAGAAGCAAAACUAACUCUCCCGAUGGCAGCCAGACAUGGUGGGGAUGCUGGAGAUGGAGCCGAAGAAAACAUUGUUUACCUCUGAGUAUAUGUGCUCAUUUAUUGUUUCCCAAGCAAACAAAUAAAAACACUGGCACUUUGGGGAGAAACUUCCCUGGGGCCCAGUCCUGUAUGUGUGAUUGUUUGUGCCCAAAUUGCUUUAAGAAGAAUAUUUAAUAUUUCAUGCAAGUUCAUUCUUUUGGGCAUAAUUCUAAUAAUUAAAUUAUUGAAAAACA